CUGUUGAGGUAAUAUGGAGCAUUCGACCAGGACCAUGUCCAUUUCAGGGAUUCUUCUGCUGCUUUAUUUUGGAUGGGUGCACAGCCAGAAUAACUACACCAGGCCAGUUUUUAACUGUGGAGGGAAAGUGGAGGGAGAUUCUGGCUUUGUGGCCAGUGAGGGAUUUCCAUCAUUCUACAAACCAAACAGCAAAUGUACAUGGUACAUCACUGUUCCAGAAGGUAACGUGGUGACGCUGUCCUUAAGGAUUUUUGAUCUCGAGGCUGACGCCCUGUGCAGAUAUGACUUUGUGGACAUAUACAAUGGUCACACGAACAUGGGACAGAAGUUGGGACGUUUUUGUGGGACGUUCAGGCCGGGCAUGCUGAUUUCUACAUCCAACACGAUGAUGCUGCAGAUGGAGUCGGACUCAGGCACCGGUGGACGGGGCUUCCUUGCCUACUUUACUGGAGCAAAACCACAUGUGGACGAAGAGCAGUUAUGUGGAGGAAAGAUGACUAAACCACAUGGAACCAUCAAAACUCCCAACUGGCCAGAUAAAAAAUACCCAUCAGGCAUCAGCUGUUCAUGGCUUAUCACUGUUGAUCCAGACAAGGUGAUCGAGGUGAAGUUUGGUAAAUUUGAUGUGGAGCAGGACACAUACUGCCGCUUUGAUUACGUGGCCUUUUAUAACGGAGGGGAGAGGGACGACUCAAGACGUAUCGGAAAAUACUGUGGAGAUAAAGCACCUGAGACCAUCAUAACCAGCAAUAACGUUCUCUUGGUGCAGUUUGUGUCUGAUCAGAGCGUGACCUCUGAUGGAUUCAUGGUUUCAUACUCCAGCAUCCCAGGAGAAAAGUCUGGUGCCUCAGGAUCCCACAUACAUACAUUACCCACAGUUCCACGGGUUGCACCAGCACGACCUAACAAACCUGUCACCACAACGACCACUAAAGCUCCAGUCACAACAACCACCACCACUACAGCCCCACCUAGACGUGUACCAGCCAAUCCGAACAGACCCUCAAAUCGCAGACCAGAACCAGGUCAGACCAACCCAGCUAAUCCAAGGGUGAGAGCUCCAAACCAUCUGUGUCCCAAAACGUGUAAGAGAGAUGGCAGUAUAAAGGCAAGUUUCUGCAGCAGUGAAUUUGUGAUUACAGGCAGUGUGACAGCUAUGUCUCCGGCACCGCAGGGGCGACUUGUUGCCACCGUCUCCAUCAUUAAAACAUAUAAAGCUGGAAGACUAACCAUCACUCAGAUCGGAGAGAACAUGUCUGUUAAACUGCUGCUCCACUGCAGGACGUGUCCAAUAAUCAGACGAGGUCAAAACUUCAUUCUGAUGGGUCAGGUGGAUGAAGAUGGGCGUGGCAUUUUGGUUCCUGGAAGCUUCACUGCUGCCUACAAAGCUCCUCAUCACAAAAUCCUGACCAGCCUCAACAACCAGCCAUGCUGAUCUCAUAGUCUACAGACAACAUGACAUAUGAGAUCAGUAAAAGCAUGAUGGAUCUGCAGCCUGAGCGAUUCUGAAACAAUGUCUUCUAUUUUUUGGUACUGUAUAAUCAGGUUGUGUCAUCCUGUGUUCCAGCACUCACACACUCUUGUUGACUUUUCCUUGUCAUUUAAGAAUCAGGACAUUAAUACUGAAAUCCCAGCAGUGACAACAAUGCAUCUGUUUUCGAAUGACAGUGUAGUUAUAGCAUUUGUAAGCACAGUUUACCCACAAGUCAUGGCGACAUUACAAUGCAAAGUGCAUGACUAUGUGAUGUAGUUGAUAUGUGCUUGCAGUUGGUGGACAGGGCGUGAAUAUAAUGUACUGGAACACAGUAAGUGAGUAAAACAUUCUGUAUUUUGAAUUAAAUAUGGAGCAGCUAUACACCACCAGUCAAAAGCCUGGACACAUACAUUUGGUUAUUCUGUUAUUUUCAGGAAAUCUUUAAACAUUUGAUAUUUCAGUCUUUCUAGAUUUCUUGGCCACUUUUACUUUACUUAAUCCGGUCAAAUUACGGUUCAUUUCAAUCUGGUGUGUCACAAAAUAAGGCUGAAGUUACUGUAUCACACUGCAAAGUAUAACUUGAUAACCUAUAACUUCAUUCACUUUAUAAACAAAAAGAUGUCAUACAGUAUAUUUGUAAUUUAUGAUGUCCAUAAAUAAAGGUCUUAUAUCUCA